ACAAUUGUGCGUCAUCCGAAAGCGCCGGUGGCCCGGACGGUCGCGCGGCCCGUGUCGCGCGAAAUCUUCGCUCGGCGGUGCUGUCUCACCGGUGAGGCCGUGAAGCCGGCGAGUCCCACACUCUGUCCUCUCGGCCUCCCGCCACAAUGGAGUACCUCAUCGGCAUCCAGGGCCCCGAUUAUGUCCUUGUCGCCUCCGACCAGGUGGCCGCUAGCAGUAUUGUCCAGAUGAAGGACGAUCAUGACAAGAUGUUUAAGAUGAGUGAAAAAAUCUUACUCCUAUGUGUUGGAGAGGCUGGAGACACUGUACAGUUUGCAGAAUAUAUUCAGAAAAAUGUGCAACUUUAUAAGAUGAGAAAUGGUUAUGAAUUGUCUCCCACAGCAGCAGCUAAUUUCACACGCCGAAACCUGGCUGAUUGUCUUCGGAGUCGGACCCCAUAUCAUGUCAACCUCCUCCUGGCUGGCUAUGAUGAGCAUGAGGGUCCAGCGCUCUACUACAUGGACUACCUGGCAGCCUUGGCCAAGGCCCCUUUUGCAGCCCAUGGCUAUGGUGCCUUCCUGACUCUCAGUAUCCUGGACCGAUACUAUACACCAACUAUCUCUCGUGAGAGGGCAGUGGAGCUUCUUAGGAAAUGUCUAGAGGAGCUCCAGAAACGCUUCAUCCUGAAUCUGCCAACCUUCAGUGUUCGAAUCAUUGACAGAAAUGGCAUCCAUGACCUGGACAGCAUUUCCUUCCCUAAACAGGGCUCCUAACCUUAUGCCGACCCUUCCACUUGCCAGGGAACUUUUUUGACGGGCUCCUUCAUCUUUUUCUACGCUUUUGACGCAUUCUUGACAGAUGGUUAAUUCAGAAUAAAGCUGAAUCUGGAUAAAUUGAGCUCUCUGGUUUGAGUCUCAGUUUACCUAAUAUCACCUCAGGACAGAAAUGUCAAGAGAGGAUUAUCUGCUUUGGACUUUUUGCCAAGACUUUUUCCUUCUGCCCCUUUCCCUUCAUUAAUGCUCUAAUUGCCCUUUAGCAACUGACAGCCCCACAUUUGUUUCACUGCCCGGCUUCCUUCCCGUCUGGCUUUUCAUAUAUCUUUGCUUGCUAAUGUCUCAUUCCCUUAAAGCAGUGGUUCUUUUUGCCCCUAAGCUUAACAUUUUAAAAAUUAAUUAAUUUGAAUAGG